UUCACGCCAGAAAGCAGGAUGGCUUGGAAAUUCGCAGAAGAGGCAAAAAAACUGAAUAUUCGAGAAUUUGCAGAAGAAAACGUAGUAAACAGAAAGAAAUUCUACUCCGAUGCGGAAGUUAAAUCGUGGGUCGCCCGAUACGAAAAGUCGGUAAACGCAAACAUGUUUCGAAGGGAUUCGCAAUCCAUAAGAAAAUCGGAUAAGAAGAAAACAAAUGCUAAUAAAAACAUAACAAAACGUAUAAUUACAUACGAAUGCACAAGUGGACCCGAACGUAAGCCGAGAGGUAACGGCGAGCGAGAAGCAUUUACUUCAAGAAUGAAUUGUCAAGGUCGGAUCACGUUCUCGAUUUCAGAAUGUAGAAAAUACUACACAAUUACUGAUAUGAAGCCACAUGACAAGCAUAAAGAAAUAAGCAAAAAAGUACGUAAACUGUUGCCGCAAAAUAGAAAGCUCAACGAUUUACAGGUCGAAAAAAUAAAAGAGUUUCACGAGAUGAGAGGCGUUAAAUUGUUAUUGAUGGAUAAAUUAGCAGAAAUGGGUAAUAUACCGACUUUCAAGGAUAUUUCAAACAUUACCCAAAAAUUGAAAAAAAAAAUAAGGGGAAUUCAUUAACUGAAGCAUUGGAAUUUCUAAAAAAAAGGAUAUAAAUUAUGCAAUCAAGUUCAACGAUGAAAAUGAGACGUUUGAAGCAUUGUAUAUGUGUUCCAAAAGAAUGCAGCAGGAUUUUGAAUCGUGGCCAGAGUAUAUAGCAAUGACAGUACCUACAAGCUCCUAUAUGUAAAAUAUCCUGUUACCAUAGUUAUUGGAACCGAUGGAAAUGGUGCAACAAGAAUUUUCAGUAUUUUUAUAGUGAAAAAAGAGACUAAGGAGAUAAUUCAAUGGUGCUUCAAAAAAAUGCAAGAAAUGAAUAAAAUUGCAUGUGAAAAUGUCAAAGUAUUUAUGGGCGAUAAAGACAUUGUAUUCAGGGAAGUUUUGCCUAAGGAAAUGCCGCAAGUACCAAUGACAAUAUGCAUUUUCCAUGCUCAACAAAUUUUUAGGAGAAUACUCAAUCACAAAGAUUAUAACUUGAGUACGGUGAUGAAGG